GGGAUAUGUUGUACAACUUUAGGAGGGCUGCUAAGGAAGAGAAGGUGGAAUGUACAUGUGAAAGCAUGGAUGCGAAAUUUCCUAGGCGUGAUGGUCAUGUAUGCUUCAGGCUUAGUGAAGUUGACUUUGUUCCACAAUGGUUGAAAAAUGCGAAAAACAGACCUAGGCCUUCACGUGGUUAUACGAUGUCCUCUCUCAGCAAACAGGUGCUGGAGGCAUUCAGCGCUUUUGUAGCGACUGAUUUGGUCUUUCGGGAAGAACUGUCGAGAAUGAUGAAGGGGGAAGAAUGGGAUGGCUGUUUCAACAGAUCUAAGAGUAAUGACGCUGACAUGCAUGGAGAAUGCAAUACUGACAAGGUUAGAAUCUGGAAGGCCUGUUUCGAUAGUCUGGUGUGUUGUUCAAUUGAUCACAAUCCUGGGGACUCAUUGGUGUGUUGCCCAGUGGUGUAUCGACAAGGGAUGGAGGUGAUGUUUUUGAAAACUAUUGGGUUUGAAAUAUGUCUGAAGAAGGAGGAUGAUGUCAACUUUGAGAAUGGGAAAAAGUUUGGGGAGUUGGGAGUGAGGAAUUUGGGGAAAUGGAAUUCGAGAGGGAGGUUGGGCAUGUGUUAUGUAAUAUUAAAGCUUAAGGAUACCAGAAAAUGGCGGCCGAUAUGCCCAACGUAUUAUGAAGGGGGUGUGGUGGCCAGUAAGCGGGUGGCUAGGGUGGUUAAUCAGUUGUUGUGGGAUCUGCCAUCGGGGAGCAAUUUCAAUAUGAGGAGUACUGAAGAAUUGGUGAAGAGGAUAUCAGAUGCCAACAAAGGGUUGCUACCAGGUGAGAAAUUUGUUACUGCGGCAUUUGACAUCAAAGAGAUGUUUUGUAAUUUGUCGCACGAUGCUGUUUUGGAUGCAGUAGGAUGGAUAAUUGACUACUGGUUACUGCAAAGGGCAAAGGGUGUCAUGCUGAAGAAUAGGGGAAAGGAGGCGAAGGUGAGGAUGAGGGAUGUACAAAUAGGUUGGAUGGACGUGAGUUUUGAUGAUGUGAUGCGAUUUGUGAAGUUUGACCUGGAGUGCACCUUUGUAAUGGUCGGUGGUGUGGUGUUGAAGCAACGGAUAGGAAUUCCGAUGGGUAAGGCAUCUAGCCCUGCGUUGGCCUGCUUACUAACUGCAUACUCUGAGUUUACCUUUUUGAAUUCUCUGGGAUCUAUGCGACUUAUGACGUACGGGGCAAGGAUUGUGGAUGACGUCUCCAUUUUUGUGAGAUGCAAGAAAACGGAUGCGACCUCGAGAUUGAGGGUUGAGCAAGUGAUUCUGUGUUUCGAAGACUGCUACCAUGAGAACUUGACAUUGGAGCGGACGGACAAGGGAAGAUUCUGGGAGUUUCUCGGCUGUAUUGUGGGAACAGAGGAAGUGACGAAUGAGCUGGUAUGUGUGGCGACUCACAAGAACCAGGCAAUGGUGAAAGGUGGGCUGUUGGUAUUUCAGAACCUCCAAGACUUCUGCACAUAUUCAGGAAGACAGCAGAAGCUGGCGGUAAUCAGUUCUUUCUUGUAUAGGGCAAAACGCUACACUACAUUCAAAGGUGCGGAGGCGGUCUUUCUGCUCACGCUGAAGAUGGGGCUACGAAUGAGAGGUUUUCCGGACGAUUAUUUUGAUACGGCACUAAAGACCUUUUCGGAUAAGUUCGAAGGAAUUUGGGAAGAUUGUGUCGAGUGCUUCACAGGAUGAGGAGCCUACAAAUGGAAAAGAUGAUGUCCCUGAUGUCUUUCUAUUUUUCUUGUCUGAUGAACUGUUUCUGGUCCUUCUCUUGUUUAUGAUCCCACUCUUUUUGGAACUCUAUCCUCUUCUGAAUUCUACUUCUGUUUUCUGAGUGAUCAACUCUUACUAGGUCUGCUGCUUUUGCCUUUGAAUGGAUCUUCUGGGUGAUGAAUUGGCUAUGAUGAACCAUUGGCUGCUUCUGGUCUUCUUUUGUCUAUGAUUCCGUUCAUCUUGGAACUCUAUUCUCUUCUGAACUCUACUUCUGUCUUCUGAAGUGUUCAUUACUCCCACUAGGUCUGUUGUCUUUAUCUCUGAAUCGAUCUUCUGGGAUGAUGAAUUGGCUAUGAUAAACUGUUGACUUGAAG